GAAACCAUUCCACUGCCAUAUGUGGAAAUGGAAAAGUGGAAUGCAUGGACGAUGCUUUGUAUAAAAUGAAGGAGAAGGAAGUAGAGAUUAUGUUGGGAGAAAGCAGCAACUCAAACUCAGCUUGUAAUUGUAUGCCGCUCUGUUCAGAACUCACCUAUAACACUGAAACUGCUCGAACACAAUUCUACUGGAGGGAGAUGUUCCAAGCGGAGAAAAUGGUUGCCGAAACUAUGAAGGAGAUUGGAGUCAACGUUUCGGACGUUCACUUGUCGAGGUUAUCAGUGUACUUCAUGAGAGAUCAAUUCCUGAAAUACAAACGAACAGAACUAUACGGCCCGUUUGACUUUCUAGCAAAUUUCGGAGGACUUCUUGGACUUUUCACCGGAUUUUCCGUACUAUCAGCAGUGGAAAUCAUUUACUACCUGUGUGUACGAUGGUACUGUAACAAAAGGCUUUAUGAUGACUUCGCAGGAAUGUAAAUUAUUUAUGUGGAAAUAAAUGCUUUUGUCGAAA